CACUAAUCCAUCCCUUAAUUGGUAAUGAUCUUGGUAAUGAUCACAUAUCCACAUCCAACUUUAAGAAUGGAUGGUAUAGAAAUAAUGAGGGAGGGGGAGGGGGAAUGAAGUUGAUCGUUUUGGAUUAGUUUGUAAUUAACAGUUACUUAAUUAUCGUUAAUUACAAACUGGGUCAUUGCUUUGGAUCUAAACUGAUUCGGCUGUGUAUAAAUAUAGACAGGUCGAACUCUAUUUGUUGAUUUUCUAUACUUCUUGCUGCAAACUAAUAUUAUUGACUUUGAGAGAGCCCCUCUCUCACUCUAUGAACUAGUCUUAGCGAUACUCACUAAGAAAAUCACGUAAAUAUUGUGCAUUUUCUUUUUGUUAUGUUUAGUUUGACGUGCUAUCAUAGUUUGGUUUUCUUACGCAACAAUAUAACAUCCUCCACAUUAUUAUUAAAAAUCUCACACCCCUCCUUGUAUUUUCCAAUUCUUGUGUUUUGUCCUCAAAACUCACAAACGUAGAAAAUUUAAACUUAAAACCCACAAUUUUCAAUUUUUUCGCCCAAACCAACACACGAGUGUGACAAUUAAUUAGGAGGGGAAAAAAAAAAGAGAGAAAUAAAGGGUACACUUUCACUAUACGCUCACUACUGCACUCCAGAGGAAGGAAUGUUUUACUCAAAGUACGUACUUUGGCUAAAAUUAAAAUAUCUAAUUUACCAUGGGAAAAUCAAUUUUGGGGUUGCCGUCGGAAAUAUUAAUACACACCAGCAGGAUGAGGGACACGUGUAGUGCUGCAAAAGAAGAAGCAGAAGUGGGACGGCCCGCCGUAAGUAAGAAGUUAAAAGGAUAAAUCGGGAAAUCAAUUUCAACCUAAACAUUAAUUAAAAGGAAAUCGUGUUGGCUACACUUUUGGUGUCCGUUCGUCAACGUAGUGCACCUUUUUCCCCUCUCGCUCUCGCUCUCGCUGUCUUAUUAUAUCUUCCAUCUUUCCUCCAUUUGUAGAGUCUUUUUUCCGUCACAAAGCUUCCCUCGCAAUAAUCCCCUUUCUGCACAUAUCUUCUUUCAUUAUUACUAAAAAUCUAAUUCAUAUAAAUACCGCCGAAUACGCUGCAGCAGCUUCUCCGAGAAAAGCGCGACAUGUCCCACCAAAAACACGAAGGAGAAGAAGAAGGCCAGCCGGCGGGGAUUCCGGAGAAGAAAGAAGGAGAUGAUGAUGAGGAGGAGGAGGAGGAAGGGUUCCGAACUCCGACAACAAGGCUGAUAAGGGCCCAAAGCUGUCCGCCGACACCGAGAAAGGAGAAGAAACCGGCACCUGGUAACAGGAAGAGGAAGCUUCCGCCGGACGAUCAGUUCUUCGAGAACGUGAACCGGGAAGAGGUAGACUCUUUCUUCCGAUCAGCAACUAAUUUUACUUCAACCUCUACACCUCCUCCUCCUCCUCCGCCGGCUGCCGCCGCCGAAACGGAAGCUAGCAGCAGUACGAGAAAUGAUCGGCGGGUGAGAAGGAAGCGCCGCCAUAGUUUCUAGCUAAAUUAAUCAUGAUCAUUAUAAUUGAUUAUACAAUUUCUCUUCAUCAACACUUGAACAUGAGUAGUAGUGCUGUAGUCUUAAUCUGAUCUGCCCCCUACUGAUGAUGAUGAUUCUUUGUUUCUGUAAACCUUCUAUGUAAAUUGUAUCCGAUUACGGCUAGAAUUACCACAAAUGAAUUAUUGUAUCUGUGCAAAAUGAACAUCAAUUACUACUACUGGCAAGAAGAAAAGGAAAAAAAAAAAAGGAUUAUUCAUUUUGAUAAUUGGAUUCCUCUUCUUACUUGAUUGACAUGCUGCAUUGGAUUCCUUCUCUAUGCUUCUCAUAUUCACAAAUAAUAUAUAUUAUACCCAUUUUCCUCGUAGUGGAUAAUUAAUGACAAAGUUUUGAGUGAAUUUCAGUUUCAUUUGAAUUUGUUUAUAUAUACCUCUUGCAUUUGCAUGUGGUUAGUUUAGUUAGUUAGGCGCAAGGGGAAGGUAAUUAGUGCAUUUGUUAGGUGAAAUCUAUCCAACUAGUACAAUUUGGUGAGUCUGAGAGGGGGAAGUCAAAUUGUAAUUGAUGAUGAUGAGCACCUACAAGCUACAAGUAAGUAAUGGGUCUUAAAUUGGUAAGUUUCAACAAUAUAUAGCUAGGAAGUUAAUGAGUUUGGUUAGUAGUGCUCUCUUCCUACCUUAUUAUCAAUGGAGUUUGACAUGAACAUCUCAGCGAUGAUCAAAUGUUCAGUUCUACCACUAGUUAAGAGCAAUCCAUGCAUGGAGAAGAAGAAGAAGAAGAAAAAAAAAAAAAAAAGAACCAGGCUCCACGCAUUCCAUAUCACUUAUGGGUUACGUUAAUAGAUUUACAAAGCUGAACAUAGCUCGUUAAUUCCAUUAUACUUUAAAGUACAAUUUAAAGUUGUACCAUAACGUUAAAUGUACAAAUUGAAGUAAGAGAAUUUGACAUUUAUGUAAUGAUACAAUUUCAAGUUGUCAAGUUGUACCAUAACAUAAAACUAUUAACUUUAGUUUGUACCAUGUAGGAAUUUUACAAAAAAGUGUAGGUACAAAUUAAAAUUGUACCAUAACGUUAAAUGUACAAUUUCAAAUUGUAAAAAAAAAAAAACUAAAAGUACCAAUGUUUUAAAAUCGAUCGAAGACGUUAGAGAGUUUGUUAAGAAAUGAAUGACUAGAUGGUGAGAUCUAUCUGUCCCUCAUAUAAAGAACGAAUUCUCGUUAAGGAUGGGUCAGUAUUGAUUUCGGGUUAUGAUGAGUGUACAAUUCGUCAGUCAGCUCGACAUUCGUAGCCCAACACUCGCUACCGUGAUUAUGAGGAAUAAUUAGCCCAGCCCAUCAAGAGCAAGGCCUUAAGCCACGUAGCAAGUUUGUUAGAGUUAGUGGUGCAAGUUGUUAUAGUUAGUGGUGAGUUAUGAAUAAGCAUCUCCAUGUUUAGUGGAGAAAGUGUAGCAGCAGUAGAGGAGAUCAUGGAGUUAGUUCCACAAAGUUAGGCUUUACAUUUUAGAAACGUUGGUGUAUUUAGGUUGAGAAGGAUAUGAAUAAUGGUAAGCAGAAUUUUAGCAAAAAAACCCCCUGGUCAUUUCUCGCCAAGAAAGGAGAAAACUGGUUCAAUCCCACCAAGAAAAGGGAUCCAUUAACUCAUACGAUUUCAACACGUAUAAGGUUAUUGGAUUAUCUCUAUUUGAGUUACUUAAGUGUAUGAAUCACCUCAUAUGUAGUAAUUGAUCCAAUAUUUGGGUUAAUUUUUCUCUUGGCCAAACUACAAAGGAGGUUAACGGUAGGAAUUGGAGGGAAUAUCAAUGAAACUAAUACAAUUAG